AUGCACGCAAACCAGUUGAUCUACGCGGACCCUGCCAGAAGGCUGGAGCUGUAUUUCCGCCCCAAGGACCCUUACUGCCAUCCCGUAUGUGCCAAUCGCUUCCCCACCUCCACCAUGCUGCUCAAGGUGAAGAGGAGGACCAAGAAGAAGAAGCAGUUGGACACGGAAGAACGAGUCCAGCCAGAGGUCCAGUUCGAAAUGGAAAUUCUUGGGACUGUCACCACUGUUUAUAAAUUUCAAGGAAUGUCUGAUUUCCAGUACCUGGCAAUGCACUCUGGUCCCGAUGGCAAACAAACCUCCAUGUAUGACAAAGUCCUAAUGCUCAAACCAGAGAAGGAAGAGUUUUUCAAUAGAGAAUUACCUCUCUACAUCCCGCCACCGAUUUUCUCACGUCUGGACACUCCUGUUGACUAUUUUUAUCGGCCAGAUAUUCAACACCGGGAGGGAUACAACAAUCCCCAGGUGUCUGGUGAGAACCUGAUUGGCCUCAGCAGGGCCCGUCGCCCGCACAACGCUAUCUUUGUGAACUUUGAUGAUGAGGAAAUCCCAACUAAACCCCUGGAUGCUGCUGUACAGACCUGGAAGAAAGUGUGCACCAAUCCUGUGGACAAAAAGGUGGAGGAAGAGCUGAGAAAGCUCUUUGAGGUCCGUCCUGUCUGGUCUCGGAAUGCAGUAAAAGCCAAUAUCAGUGUCCACCCGGACAAGCUGAAACUUCUCUUGCCGUAUUUGGCCUAUUACAUGUUAACAGGUCCUUGGAGAAGCUUAUGGGUUAGGUUUGGGUAUGACCCCAGAAAACACCCGGAAGCAAAGAUUUAUCAAGUACUGGACUUCCGAAUUCGCUGUGGAAUGAAAUAUGGUUAUGCCCCUAACGAUAUGCCUGUGAAAGCAAAACGCAGCACGUAUAACUACAGUCUGCCCAUCACUGUCAAGAAGCCAGUAAGUCAUACAGUCAGUGUACAUGAUCUGAAACAGGGGCUUGGUACGUCCGGUGCAUCGGGUGCAAAAAAGCCUGCCUCCAGCAGGUACAAACUGAAGGAAUCCAUCUACAUUUUCCGAGAAGGAGCCUUACCCCCUUAUCGGCAGAUGUUCUACCAGCUCUGUGACUUGAAUGUGGAAAGCCUACAGAAAAUCAUCCGUCGGAAUGAUGGCACAGAGACAGAAUGCACAGAGCGGGAUGGGUGGUGCCUUCCAAAGACUAGUGAUGAUCUGCGAGAUACCAUGUCUCUGAUGAUAAAGCAGAUAAUCAGAUCUACAAGACCUGCUCUUUUCUCAAGUACAACAAGCAGUGAAGAUGGCAAAGAGCAGCUGGCAUAUGAGUCUGGAGAGGAUGAGGAUGAUGAAGAGGAGGAGGAAGAGGACUUCAAGCCUUCUGAUGGGAGUGAAAAUGAAAUGGAGACAGAAAUUCUGGACUACGUUUGAACUCGGCAAGCAGUCUGUCUGCCGUUGGACAGAAUCGUCUCUGCUCUUGUUCCUCAAGUGCUGAGGGUUCAGCCACCAUGCCCAGGAUGUGGGGAAGCAGAACUUGCAGUAAGAUGCCGAUGACCUGUCUGCACUGACUGCUCUGCCUGCUG